AUGGGUCGCAGUGCCAUGUCUUCUAUAAUUGCCAAACCACCUGAGGAAUGUGCAGAAAGUGCUGACCAAGAAGCCCAAACAAUGAAGUGGAGUAAAGACAACAGCUGCAUUCCUGUCAAAGACCACGCCAAGGUCCAUAGUGCAGCUGUAGCUGCUCCUGGUGCAAAGGCUUCUUCGCAGACACUUCAAAAUCAGCUGGUGAGGUUUCUCUGGAAGAGAUCUUCAGCCGCUUUGCGGACUGACACAGGCUGCAAGGACGGAUGCGUUGACAGUCCAGGAAUGGACCAUGACCGCAACAUCUUUGUCGUCAGUUUGUCUGUUGCAGACCUCGUAGUUGCGGUUUAUCCAUACCCUCUGAUCCUGAGUGCCAUUUUCCAUAAUGGAUGGACCAUGGGAAAUGUUCACUGCCAGAUAAGCGGGUUCCUGAUGGGCUUAAGUGUCAUCGGAUCCAUUUUCAACAUCACAGCGAUCGCAAUCAACCGCUACUGCUACAUCUGCCACAGCCUUCGGUAUGAUAAGCUCUUCAAUCUGAAGAACACCUGCUGCUAUCUCUGCCUGACCUGGACACUCACGGUGGUGGCAAUUGUGCCAAACUUCUUUGUUGGCUCCUUGCAGUAUGACCCCCGGAUUUACUCCUGCACCUUUGCCCAGACGGUGAGUACAUCAUACACCAUCACAGUGGUGGUGGUUCACUUUAUCGUCCCACUCUCCAUCGUGACGUUUUGCUACCUACGGAUCUGGAUUUUGGUGAUACAAGUCAAACACCGGGUGAGACAAGACUGUAAGCAGAAGCUCAGGGCAGCUGAUAUCCGGAAUUUCUUGACUAUGUUUGUGGUUUUUGUCCUUUUUGCUGUGUGCUGGGGACCGUUAAACUUUAUUGGCCUUGCUGUUUCAAUUAAUCCUUCAAAAGUGCAGCCACACAUUCCAGAAUGGCUUUUCAUCCUGAGCUAUUUUAUGGCCUAUUUUAACAGCUGCCUCAAUGCUGUGAUCUACGGGCUUCUUAACCAGAAUUUCCGGAAGGAGUACAAAAGGAUACUGCUGACACUCCGGACUCCCAGGUUGCUGUUCAUUGAUGUGUCCAAGGGAGGCACAGAAGGGAUGAAAAGCAAGCCAUCUCCAGCUGUAACAAACAACAACAACCAAGCUGAAAUACAUUUAUGA